UGCGCGCUAGUUUGGCAAUCCUCAACUCUCGUGAGGUACCCGACUGCCGACAGUGCCGACAUUCUGUUCUCUGUGUAAUUGCGUGCAAAUACAUUUGUAUCAAAUUUGUGGACGGUCGCGAGAGAAGUAUUCGUGCUCCAUGCACGAAUUUAAGUGAACCUCAUCUGCACAGAUUGCUUGAGUGAGAUUCUGUUGCGAUUUGCCCGUAAAUAUGUUUGGACAAACUGGAAACGCAUCGUUCAGUGGAUUUAGCACAGCUACGCAAAACAGUCCGUUCGGUCAAUCACCCAUUACUACAACAAGUUUUGGUAGUGGCGCAACACCUGUCUUUGGUAGUAGCAAUACUUCAUCACUCUUUAGUUCUCAGCCCACAGGUUCUACCACAGGUGGCUUGUUUGGAAAUGCCACAACGCCACCGGCAUUUAGACAGCCAUCUAAUACUCAACCGUCUUUUGGAGGCUUUGGGACAACAAAUACAAGCACCAAUCUUUUCGGCACUCAACAAAAUACCGGGACAAAUCUUUUCGGCACGAGCACAGGAACCUCGGCGUUUGGCCAAGCAAACAAGUCCGGUUUUAACUUCGGUACGACAUCCGGGACGAAUUUGUUCGGACAGCCGCAGCAAAAUGCGCAGCAAGCUACUCCGUUUGGUCAGGCCAACACCGCCACAAACACAAAUCUUUUCGGUACAACCACAGGUUUCGGCAAUACUAAUCCGACUACCGUGCCACUUGGCACUGCGGUGAAAUUCACGCCUAUCAUUACAACCGACUCGAUGUUGAAAAAUGGAAUAUCGCACAGUAUCUCGGCCCGUCACUGUUGCAUCGCGUCUAUGAAGGAAUACGAGUCCAAAUCUUACGAGGAGUUACGCUUCGAAGAUUAUCAACUUGGAAGGAAAGGUCCGCAGACAGGACUCUUUGGAGAGUCGGCGCAAACAUCGCCGUUUGGUGGCACAGCAGCUGGUACUAGCACAGCUGGGACAGGCAAGUAGUGCGAUGUAAAACAUUUGUCAACUAAACAGUGAUAUUCAGACGAAUGUAGAUUGACAAACAUGAAUAAUUAUACGAUAAAUCUGUACAAUUGUGUUGUACAUAUGUGCAUAUUUAUAUUGUAUAAUUGUAUAUGUAAUUUUAUGUAUACAAUAUUACGGACUGUCGCUUUGUACAAUUGUAUAAUUGUGUAUUAUAAAUGUUAUGCUUCACAUAUGCUUGCCAACCCUGUACAAGUCUGAAUAUUGUGUCUAGAUUCUCUAAGACAAUUAUAAUUGUAGGAUUUAAUAUACUCGUUGUGGUUGUUAA